CAGUGGAAUGAAGUCACCACAUCUUUUCGAGCAGGAAUGCCUCUAAGAAAACACAGACAACACUUUAAAAAAUAUGGCAAUUGUUUCACAGCGGGAGAAGCAGUGGAUUGGCUUUAUGGCCUGUUAAGAAGUAAUAGCAAUUUUGGUCCUGAAGUUACAAGGCAACAGACUAUCCAGCUGUUGAGAAAGUUUCUUAAGAAUCAUGUCAUUGAAGAUAUCAAAGGCAGAUGGGGAUCAGAACCUUGAUGACAACAAUCAGCUUUUCAGAUUUCCUGCAACUUCUCCACUUAAAGCUCUUCCACGAAGGCAUCCAGAAUUGAGAAGAAAUAGCACAGAGAACUUCUCUAAAGAUAAAGAUAGUGUUUUUAAAUUACGAAACUUGUCUCGUAGAACUCCUAAAAAGCAUGGAUUGCAUUUCUCUCAGGAAAAUGCUGAGAAAAUAAAGCAUGAAAUAAUCAAAGAUCAAGAAAAAUCAAUUGAUAAUAGAGAAAUAAGCCAGGAAGAUAUUGAAGAAGUUUGGAGAUAUGUUAUUCUGGUCUACCUGCAAACUAUUUUAGGCGUGCCAUCACUAGAAGUCAUAGAUCCAAAACAAGUAAUUCCUCAGUAUAUAAUGUACAACAUGGCCAAUACAAGUAAACACGGAGUAGUCAUACUGCAAGACAAAUCAGAUGACCUACCUCACUGGGUAUUAUCUGCCAUGAAGUGCCUAGCAAAUUGGCCAAGAAGUAAUGAUAUGAGUAAUCCAACUUAUGUUGGGUUUGAACGAGAUGUAUUCAGAACAAUUGCAGAUUACUUUCUGGAUCUCCCUGAGCCUCUACUUACCUUUGAAUAUUAUGAAUUAUUUGUGAACAUUUUGGUUGUUUGUGGCUACAUCACAGUUUCAGAUAGACCCAGUGGGAUACAUAAAAUUCAAGAUGAUCCACAGUCUUCAGAAAUCCUUCACUUAAACAAUUUGAAUUCCUUCAAAUCAACUGAAUGUCUUCUUCUGAGUCUGCUUCAUAAAGACAAAAGCAAAGAAGAAUCAGAUUCUACUGAGAGACUACAGAUAAGUGAUCGAGGAUUUAACGAAAGACGUGCUAAGAAAACUCAGCUAACUAAUUUAAGAAACAGAAGAGAAAGUGCUAAUGACAUAAUGGGAGGAAGUUGUCAUAAUUUAAUUGGCUUAAAUAGCAUGCAUGUUUUAUCCUCUAACAUCAAACCAAGGUGCUAUUCUUUGGAAGGAAUUGUAGAUGUGCCAGGGAAUUCAAGCAAAGAGGGAUCCUGUGUCUUCCGUCAAUCUGUUCGGAACUUAGAAGGACAAAAUAAUAAACAGUUUUUAGAGACUGAGCCCAAACAGCAAUUCCUAUUGAAUCUUCAUUCAGAGGAGAGUAUUCAAAAGCCACUCAGUGUUGGUUUUAAAAGAACCUCUAUUUUGACUGUCCAAGACCAAGAGGCGUUAUGUAAUGGGAAAUGCAAGUCAAAACAGCUUCGUAGGUCUCAGAGUUUGCUUUUAAGAAGUAGUACAAGGAGGAAUAGCUGUGUCAAUACACCAGUGGCUGAAAUUAUUAUGAAACCAAACCUUGGACAAGGCAGCACAAGUGUGCACACAGCUAUGACAAGUGAACUUGGAAAGUCUAGUAUCACAAUCAAUCAAAGACUCUGCAAAAGCACGAUAGAACUUUCAGAAAAUUCUUUACCUCCAGCUUCUAUGUUGACUGGCACACAAAGUUUGCUGCAACCUCACUUAGAGAGGGUUGCCAUCGAUGCACUACAGUUAUGUUGUUUGUUACUUCCCCCACCAAAUCGUAGAAAGCUUCAACUUUUAAUGCGUAUGAUUUCCCGAGUGACUCAAAAUGUUGAUAUGCCCAAACUUCAUGAUGCAAUGGGUACAAGAUCACUGAUGAUACACACUUUUUCUCGGUGUGUGCUAUGCUGUGCUGAAGAAGUGGAUCUUGAUGAGCUUCUUGCUGCAAGAUUAGUUUCUUUCUUAAUGGAUCAUCAACAGGAAAUCCUUCAAGUACCCACUUACUUACAGAGUGCAGUGGAAAAACACCUUGACUACUUAAAAAAGGGACAUAUUGAAAAUUCUGGAGAUGGACUAGUUGCUCCUUUGCCAACUUAUUCAUACUGUAAGCAGAUUAGUACUCAGGAGUUUGAUGAACAAAAAGUUUCUACCUCUCAAGCUGCAAUUACAGAACUUUUAGAGAAUAUUAUUAAAAACAAGAGUUUGCCUCUAAAGGAGAAGAGGAAAAAACUAAAACAGUUUCAGAAGGAAUAUCCCUUGAUAUAUCAGAAAAGAUUUCCAACCACGGAGAGUGAAGCAGCAAUUUUUGGGGACAAACCUGCAAUCAAGCAACCAGUGCUGAUCUUAAGAAAACCAAAGUUUCGUAGUCUAAGAUACUAACAAUUAAAAAGUAUGUAAUACUUGUGGAACUUUGACAAAUGAAACCAUGUCUGAGAAUCUAGCUACUCAAAAGGAAGUCUGCCGUUAAUAAGGUUCUUCCUAAAUAAAAACCUUAUGUCAGGA